AUGGAUGUAAUCAAUAUGAUCACUGAUACAUUAGGAUUAUGCCGAGGAAAGGGUGUGGCAUACAUCCACAAUGACAAAGACCGUGAUCUCACCUUCUACAAGCGACGUUUCGGUUUGUUCAAGAGGGCGACUGACAUCUCUGCCCUCACUAGGGCUAGGGUUGAGGUCGUCCUAGAAACAAACAAUGGAAAGAUGCACUCAUUUGGGACGCCAUUGGCCAAUCCCAUUGUUGAUGCUUUCCUAUUUGGAGCUCCACCAGUAGUUCCCUCCGCCGACGAGGGAACCACUGCUAGGAUUGGAAGCCUACAGAACGAGGUGGCUCGGUUGGACAUGGAGAACAUGACCGAGGAAGACAAAAACCAACUUUCCAUCCUUCGUAUGAAAAAUAUACAAGAAGAGAAUCCAGGUAUGGUGGCAAAUCUUAUCUUCACGAAGGAAAAAGAUCUCAGUCUUGAAGAUCUGAACAAGCUCUUCAGUGAGCUCUCUUGGAGCCGUAUCCGGGAGCUUAUC